GUAAGUGAUACGUGCAUGCUACGUGCACAUUGGAACCUCGCACAAACAAGUUCUAUCUUCUACUCACAGCUAGCUUUCUUCCUGCAGAUCAAACCAGCUCUGUGUAUACAUGUUGCUACUGUGAGAAGAAUCCUAAACUCAAAACCAUGGUGAAAAUUGGGCUUCAGAUUAAAGCCAAUCUUGAGAAUGUAACAAAUUUACAACCAGAUGGGGAAGACUUCCGAUGGUAUGUCAAGAUAAAAUGUUCAAACUGUGGAACAGUUAAAGAAUCAUGGCAAUAUUUAACACUCACUGAAAAUACACCAACCAAAGGAGGUCGGGGGUCAGCAAGCAUGGUGUCAAAGUGCAAAAUGUGCAGCCGGGAAAAUCACAUCGAUAUAUUGAAGGAUUCAUAUAAAGCUUAUAAUGCAGAGGACAGCAACAAGUUCAAGACGAUAAUUGGUUUUGAAUGUAGAGGAAUGGAACCAGUGGACUUCUCACCAAGGGUGGGAUUUCAGGCGAAAGGAGCAGAUUCAACGACACAAUUUGAAGUUGAUUUGACAGAAAAAGAGUGGGCGGACUACGAUGAAAAGACAAACCUUCCUGUGAGUAUCGACGAAUUUGAAAGUCGUUUCGUUACUAUGAAAUGAACAACUCCAUAGUGUUUAGACUGCUGAGAAAAACAGACAGACAAAGUGAGGGGGAAAGGGGAUGUGCUCGAAAUUGCAGAGGAGUGGAGAGGGGAGGGAGCUGCCAAAUCUUCCUGAUUCUGCAAAAAGUUCCCUGAAAGUAAACCAAUCUUUCCAUGCUCUGAUAAACAAGUUUGAAACCAAUCUUUCCAUGCUCUGAUGAACAAGUUUGAAUAUCUCCCUGUAACGCAUGCAAACAAUUACAGAAUAUAAAAUUAAUGUUUUUAAAGUAAAAUUAUCAGGGAGAAAAGUGCCAUAUUUACUCCCUUCUUAAAGAGCCUGCAUACGUUUGGUAACGCUCUGAAAAUAAAUGGCUAUAAAAGCUACGUUGUAUAAGCAUAACGGCAGCUUUGAAUAGGAAAUGCAUUUUGAGAAAACAGUUCACCUCGAAGCACUCUGGUUAUUAAAAAAUAUAUCUCUUUUUCUCCCAACAAAUUUUGAAUAUAAGAAGCAUUAAUGCGACAUUGCUUUUCAGAUUAUGUAUUCCUUAAGGGAUUAUUUGCUCUUGCCAAGUCUCAUCCCCCCCCCCCUCCCCAAGUGCAAAUGUUACAUCUUUUCCGAAUUAAAUUCAUUAGAGUGCCACUUUUUCAAACAUCAUUUGAGUAGUUCUAUUUUUUGUAAAUACAAGAUAAUAAAAGCUCUAAUAUUA